AUGAUGGAGUUAGUGAACAAUCCGGAUUUUGAAGACCGAGAUGGAUGGAAACGGAAGAAUGCAAAUGGGAAAGAUGUUGUUUACUCGAAACGAUACGCAAUGGGAAAAGUAUUCACGAUGCGGACAGAAUUCGAUUUUCCACUGCAGCAAGCAUUUGCAGAGCACUGGGAAAAUUUCACUGACAUUAUACACUUCAACAAGAAUAUUUCUGAUGUUAAAGUUAUAGCAGAAUUAGCAACAAAUUCCGACGUAGUUUACUACGCCUUGAAAGAUGUUGCUGUAGUUAAAGGUCGUGAAUUUUUGACCUGCAGAACCUUUAAACGUAUUGGAAACGAAAUUAUGGAGGCGGCACGCAGUUUUGAUCUAGAAGACGUACCAAGAAACCCUUUGAAAAUCAGGGGAGAGGUGGUACUGGCAGGCGGCAGAUUUAGAAUGCAUCCUAAAGACUGCACCCGAACUGUUGUCGACUAUGUGAUGUGCGUUGAUUUCAACGGGCCCGACAUACCAAAGAUGAUUAUGGAUGCAACUAUUGGAAUGUUCAUUAUGCAAGACGCCCAGUACACCAGGAGACAAAUCGAAAAGCUAAAAUUAGAAGCCACAUAA